AUGCCUUCAAUACGCCUUCAUUCUAAACCCUCAUCGCCCCCAAAAACAGAAACCACUUCCUUUCCAAUCACCAAUCCCCUUCCUCAACUUCUACAAACCCCGUCAGGCCUCGCGCUGCUCGAGCUCCAAGCCACAAUCAAUCUCCCCUCAACAGAUCAAGAUGAAUACGACACUACACCGACACCUCAAUCGCCAAAUGGUGCAUCCUACGAAACCCCGAUCGGCAAACUCAUGUUCCCGGAUUACUCUGCUCUGAAUCCCGAUGAUACCAAGUGGAUGAAGCGCGCAUACCUGUAUGUGGGCCGGUACCAGCGCAUGACUGGGGAAGUGAAGAAACUGCUCAAGCCGAUUGCAUUAGUACAGAAGCGAGCUUCUUCUUCCACAGAGAUUGAAGAUUUGGAGGUUGUGGAGAUAAUUCGGUAUAAGAUCUUCUUCAAGAAUCGACCGGAACCUGUGAAUAAUAUUUGA